AUGCCAGCUACUACAUUUGGUUCGCAACGUUUCGCUCAGCCAAUUGGAGUGCCCUCAAAUCGUCUGCCUUCGUUUGGAAGUCAAUCCACGUACGAGAAACCUUUCAACCGCUACGUCAAUGCAAGACAGGAUCCAGGAACAAGCGAUCGCGAGCCAACACCGCCGCGGCUUGAUUACGCUGCCAUUACGGUUGGUCAGUCCGAUGAAAGCUUGUCCGCAAUCGCAAGGUAUUUUCAGGGAAAAUUUCGCCUGCCUGAAGUACCGCUUUAUCAAAAAAAAGUCGUAGACUCUUAG